GCCGGCUCCAGCACCUCGGACAGCGCCCGGCCAGAACCGCGGACAGCGCCGGGUGCCGGUGGCGGCACCGGGCCGCCCCCAUGGCGCUGCUCCGCGUCCUCUGCCUUCUCGCUGCCCUCAGACGGAGCCUGGGCACGGACACGGAGGAGCGGCUGGUUGAGUACCUGCUGGACCCUGCUCGCUAUAACAAGCUGAUCCGGCCGGCGACCAAUGGCUCGGAGCUGGUGACCGUGCAGCUGAUGGUGUCGCUGGCGCAGCUCAUCAGCGUGCACGAGCGGGAGCAGAUCAUGACCACGAAUGUCUGGCUGACCCAGGAGUGGGAGGACUAUCGCCUCACGUGGAAGCCUGAGGACUUUGACAACAUGAAGAAGGUCCGCUUGCCCUCCAAGCACAUCUGGCUGCCUGAUGUGGUGCUCUACAACAACGCCGAUGGGAUGUACGAGGUCUCCUUUUACUCCAACGCGGUGAUCUCCUACGAUGGCAGCAUCUUCUGGCUGCCACCUGCCAUCUACAAGAGCGCCUGCAAGAUCGAGGUGAAGCACUUCCCCUUCGACCAGCAGAACUGCACCAUGAAGUUCCGUUCCUGGACCUACGACCGCACUGAGAUCGACCUGGUGCUGAAGAGCGAGGUGGCCAGCCUGGAUGACUUCACCCCCAGCGGCGAGUGGGACAUCGUGGCGCUGCCGGGGCGGCGCAAUGAGAACCCUGACGACUCCACCUACGUGGACAUCACGUACGACUUCAUCAUCCGGCGUAAGCCGCUCUUCUACACCAUCAACCUCAUCAUCCCCUGCAUCCUCAUUACCUCCCUGGCCAUCCUCGUGUUUUACCUCCCGUCCGACUGUGGCGAGAAGAUGACGCUCUGCAUCUCUGUCCUGCUCGCCCUCACCGUCUUCCUCCUGCUCAUCUCCAAGAUCGUGCCACCCACCUCACUGGACGUACCACUGGUGGGCAAGUACCUCAUGUUCACCAUGGUGCUGGUGACCUUCUCCAUCGUCACCAGCGUCUGCGUCCUCAACGUGCACCACCGCUCGCCCACCACGCACACCAUGCCGCCCUGGGUCCGCACCCUCUUCCUGCACAAGCUCCCGGCGCUGCUCUUCAUGAAGCAGCCGCGGCAGAGCUGCGCCCGCCAGCGCCUGCGCCAGCGCCGGCACACGCAGGAACGCGCCGCCGCCGCCGCCGCCACGCUCUUCGUGCAGGCCGGUGCUCACACCUGCACCUGCUACGCCAACCCCGGCGCCGCCAAGGCUGCCGAGGGGCUCAACGGUUACCGGGAGCGGCAGGGGCAGGCGGCGGGCCCCGGGGCGGGCUGCGGCUGCGGGCUGGAGGAGGCGGUGGACGGCGUGCGCUUCAUCGCCGACCACAUGCGCAGCGAGGACGACGAUCAGAGCGUGAGCGAGGACUGGAAGUACGUGGCCAUGGUCAUCGACCGCCUCUUCCUAUGGAUCUUCGUCUUCGUCUGUGUCUUUGGCACCAUUGGCAUGUUCCUGCAGCCCCUCUUCCAGAACUACACCACCAACUCCCUGCUGCAGCUCGGCCAGGGCACGCCCACCUCCAAAUAGCAUGGGGAAUGGCCAGUCCCAGGGCCAGAGAUGCGUACUGGGCUCGGGCAGCCCCUGCAAACCAAUAAAUA